AUGGUCAUAGAUAAUCAAUAUCAACACUUGAUCGCUUGGAGCUACACAGGGUCAUCGUUUAUUGUCUGCAACAUUUUGGAAUUUUCAAGAGACGUAUUACCAAAGCACUUUAAGCAUAAUAAUUUCAGUAGUUUUGUUAGACAGCUCAAUAUGUAUGGUUUUCAUAAGGUUAAUAAAUCACCUAGAGGACAUCGCACCCUAGCGGAAAAUCAGAUUUGGGAAUUCUCGCAUCCCAAGUUCAUCAAGGACAAACCAGACUUAUUGGAUGAAAUUAAGCGAAAA